AUUUAAGAAAAACAAAUUCACGCAUAUUGUUCGCUGCGAUUGUACAUUUUCCGCAAGCUAAUUUUAUAAAUUAUUUUUACCUAAAGUAAAUAAACGUGCAAGUAAAAAUGACCGAUCCAGGUCAAUGGUAUAAGCAGUUACCUCGUCUCACACGCUACUGGCUAACAGCCACGGUUGUGCUCAGUUUGCUGACCCGCUUCGAUAUAUUGCCCUUAGAAUCAGGGUACCUAAGCCGCGAUGCCGUUUGGGGGCGCUUGCAAUUAUGGCGCUGUGUUACCGCCUUAUUCGUCUACCCGCUGACAUCAGCGACGGGAUUCCAUUUCCUCAUCAAUUGCUACUUCAUCUCGCGCUACAUAGCGCAGCUGGAAAAGGAGCAAUUUGGGCGCAGCCUAGCUGAUUACCUCUACAUGUUGCUGAUAGUUGCCGUGCUAGCUCAUAUUGGUGGCAUGUUAUUUAAUGUAUAUUUCCUCAUGGACCUGUUGGUGGUAUCAACAACAAACAUUUGGUGCCAACUAAAUAAAGAUGUUAUUGUAAACUUCUGGUUUGGCACACGAUUUAAAGCUGUCUACUUACCGUGGGUGUUAGUGAUUAUGGAGCUAGUAUUCCAAGGGUCGAUUGCGUCGUUAAUUGGCACAUUUAUUGGACACUUCUAUUACUUCUUUAAAUUCCAAUAUCCACAAGAAUUUGGUGGCGGUUGGGUUCGUGUUUGUAGAGGUAACGGGCAACUAAUCCUCUGUAGAACUUUUUCACUCUUAUACGAAUUGCUCUAUAUGCUUCGAGCGCUGCUACGAGGUUGCCGUGAACAUUGGUUGUAGGGCCGCUUACAUACACAGGGGAAGUUUUGUCUGCAAACGUACGGCAGUAUGGUGACUACAUAAUGCUGAAGCCGAUGGCAAGCAUUUGUAAUAUAAAUUAGCAG